UUUUCUUUUCUGAUCUCAAUCAAAUCUCCUUUCAUCAUCUUUUCAUCUCUCUCAAAGCUCAAAGAUCUUCGUCGUCGGCUCUGUAUUUAACACAUAGUGAUGAAUUGAUCGAGACAAUCAAAUAAAUCCUUACCAACACUCUGAUUCGCAGCUAUAGUUCACCAAGCAAAGGCUGAGCGAACUACAAGCAAUGCUUGGCUUCGAAGAAAAUCAUCGAGAAUUGGUUGAAUUCGUAAUGUUCAAGAGAUGCAGUUAGUGCCUAGUGAUGAUGACCGGAGGAACGAAGAAGAGAUUCUAUUCGACGAAUCCACAUCCACCAACGAAAUCGUAGCAGCGGAAAGGGGUGAUCGUGUUGUAGAGAUAGCUGAGAGUGGUGAUGACGAUGACGAUGACGAAACUACGCAUCUCGUUGCUGUAGAUCAACCCCAAUGUCGAAUUUGCCUAGACGUUGGAGGGGAAGAUCUGAUUGGUCCGUGCAAUUGUAAAGGUACUCAGAAGUACGUUCACAGAUCUUGUCUCGACAACUGGCGCUCCACCAAGGAAGGUUUUGCGUUUUCGCAUUGUACAGAGUGUAGAGCUGUGUUCAAACUCCGAGCCAAUGUGCCUCCUGAUAGAUGGUGGUUGAGAUUGAGAUUUCAGCUCCUCGUUGCUAGAGAUCAUGCUUUCAUUUUCAUCACUGUCCAGAUGGUUGUAGCGUUCUUGGGGUUACUGGUUUACAAGUUCUACGGUGAAGAACUACGUGAGAUGUUCGGUUAUGAGGAACAUCCUUAUGGCUUCUACACAUUAGCUGUUUUGGCCAUUGUCUUGGUAGGACUACUUUAUGGGUUCUUCAUCGCAAUUAUAUGUGGUCAAAGGAUCAAUGAGCGGCACUACCAUGUUCUUGCCAAACAAGAACUCACAAAGGAGUAUAUAGUGGAAGACCGAGACUGCAAGAAUGUUCCUGACCUUGACCAGAGUCAUGUAAUGGAACUUAGAAUGUUGGGACUUUAUUGAACAUAAAUAUGAGAAAAGAGUUUGCUGGAUCUAUACUCUUCAUUUCACCUGUAAAUUAUACUCUUCAUUGAUUCUAAGGUUGUUUCAACGAUUCUGUUAAGUGAUUUUCUCGAAGUUUAUUUUAUGUAUACUCUUCAUUUCAACGAUUCUGAUGAAACUGUGAGGUUUACACAGUAAUGUAUUGGAUGAUCAUCUCUUUUUCUU